AUGGUGCUUGGAGACUUAGGCAACCGCCUCCGGGACGCCCUCAGCGGCGUCCGCCUGGGCCUGCUGGAAGAGGUCCAGGGGAUGGUCAAGGAGAUCUGCACCGCGUUGCUUGAAGCCGACGUCAACGUCAAAUUGGUGGCGCGCCUCCGCGACGCCAUCAACAAGAAGGUGGCCAAGGAGAUCAGCGACAGUGACAGCGGCCAGAACAAACGGAAAAAGCUCCAGAAAAUCGUGUUUGACGAGUUGUGUGCCCUCGUCGACUCCCACGAAGUACCCCCCAAGCCGAAACGGAUCCUGACCCGCCAGGAACAGAAGCUGGGCCCGCGCAAGAAGAAGGCGCCCCUGCUGUAUGUCAUCAUGUUUGUCGGGCUUCAGGGGGCGGGUAAAACCACCCUGUGUACCAAGUUGGCCGUCUACUAUAAGAAGAGAGGGUACAAGGUCGGGCUUGUCUGUGCGGACACGUUCAGAGCCGGGGCGUUCGACCAGUUGAAGCAGAACGCCACCAAGGCGGGGAUCCCUUACUACGGGUCCUACGUCGAAACCGACCCGGUGAAAAUCUCCCGCGAAGGGGUCGCCAAGUUCAAGAGCGAGAAGUUUGAUAUCAUCAUCGUCGAUACCUCGGGGAGACACCGUCAGGAAGAACUGUUAUUUGAGGAAAUGGUCCAGAUCUCCGAGGCGGUGAACCCGACCCAGACGAUCAUGGUGAUGGACGGGCUGAUCGGGCAGGCGGCCGAGGCCCAGGCGCGGGCGUUUAAGGAGCUGGCGAACUUUGGGCUGAUCAUCUUGACCAAGAUGGACGGCCACGCUAAAGGUGGUGGUGCCAUUUCCGCGGUGGCUGCCACUCAGACCCCCAUCGUAUUUAUCGGUACCGGGGAACACAUCCAAGAUUUCGAGCCGUUCUCGCCGCUGCUGUUUGUGCUGAAGAUGUUGGGCAUUGGCGAUAUCCAGGCGCUUAUUGACCACGUCCAGGGGCUUGGUCUCCACGAGUCUAAAGACCAUAAGAAGACUCUCGAAAAUAUUAAGGAAGGGAAGUUUACUCUUCGUGAUUUCCAACUGCAAAUGCUGAAUUUCAUGAAGAUCGGCCUGAUCGCGCUGAUCGCGCUGAUGAUCCCGGGGAUGCUGGGGAUCAUGAGCCAGAUCGGCGAGGAAGAAACUCAGAAGAAGAUGAAGAGCAUGGUGUACAUCAUGGACCUGAUGACGGCUAAAGAGCUCGACUCCGACGGGCGCAUUUUCACCGACGAACCCCUGCGGAUUGUACGGGUAGCUCGCGGGGCCGGGUGCCAGGCCAUCGAGGUGGAAAUGGUGUUACAGCAGCACCGGAUGAUGGGGCUGAUGGCCAAGAACGCCAUGGCGGCGCAGAACGCUCAACAGAACCCCCAGAUGGCGCGGAUGAUGCAACAGGCUCAGGGCAACCCAGGUUUCAUGCAACAGGCGAUGCAGAUGAUGGGGGGUGCCGGUGGCGCUGGUGCUGGCGGCAUGGGAGGCAUGAUGCAACAGAUGAUGCUGAACCCGCAAAUGAUGCAACAGGCGCAACAGAUGAUGGCGCUGAACCCCCAGAUGAUGCAGCAGGCCCAGCAGAUGAUGCAGAACCCGGGGAUGAUGCAGAAGAUGAUGAGCCAGUUCAUGGGCGGCGGCGGCAUGGGCGGCAUGGGCGGCAUGGGGAUGUGA